AUGUUUGUUUGUCAUUCUUCCUCUGGCACUCCUGUUCUCCUCUUGUAUGUUGAUGAUAUUAUUGUCACCAGCAGUUCCUCAUCUCUUCUCGAUGCUCUCAUCGUUACUUUACAACGCGAAUUUGCCAUGAAGGAUCUCGGACCGCUGCAUUAUUUUUUGGGUAUUGAGGUUCAUCGUUCUCGUUCUCCAUCUGGUCUUCAUCUAUCUCAACAAAAAUAUGCGCAUCAAUUGCUUCAGCGACAUGGUUUUCUUGACAGUAAGCCUGUUUCUACUCCUCUUUCGCCAACAUCUUGUCUCUCUUCCCAUGAAGGGCAUCUUCUUGAGGAUCUAUACACUUAUCGUCAGAUCGUUGGUGCUCUCCAGUAUCUUACUUUCACCAGACCGGACAUUUCAUAUGCCGUCAACUCUGUUGCCCAGUAUCUUUAUACACCUCGUGAACCACACAUGCAAGCGGUCAAACGUAUUCUGCGUUAUAUUCGGGGGACGCUGACUUAUGGCCUUCCUAUCUCUCGUUGCGACAAUUCUUCUCUUGUGGCCUUCGCUGAUGCUGAUUGGGCUGGUUGCCCCGAUACACGUCGCUCUACUUCUAGAUAUUGCAUUUUUCUUGGGCCAAAUCUUAUCUCCUGGUCCGCUAAGAAACAACCCACCAUUUCUCGUUCUAGUUCUGAAGCAGAGUAUCGUGCUGUAGCCUACACACUUGCUGAGACAGUCUGGAUUCGUCGUCUCCUUCGUGACCUUCGUGUUUUCUUAUGGCGCUCUAUCAGUAUUUAUUGCGAUAAUCUCAGCACCACCUACCUUGCGGCCAGUCCUGUUCUCCAUGCUCGCACGAAGCACAUUGAACUUGAUCAUCAAUUUUUGCGGAAAAAAGUUCAGUCUGGUGAUUUGGCCUUAAUUCAUAUCCCUUCUGACAAGCAACUUGCCGACAUUUUCACCAAGCCCCUGACAUCCUCUCGGUUUUCGAUAUUGCGGCUUAAUCUUCACAUCCGACCACCGGAUGCUUAG